UAAUAACAAAAAAGGAAUAAAGAUCUCUCGAAAAAAAAAAAAAGGAAUAGAGAAACGAUCAAAAACUGGAUUAUACAGCGUGAAACCCUAAAAACUGAAAGUGAUGGUUCCAAAACCCAAAUUCAAUCGGGGCUCUGCCGUGGAAGUGAGUAUCGAGCCAGGUUCAUGGUUCCCCGGUACUGUCGUUAGGUGGGCCUCCCAAGACAAACUAUUAGUCGAGUUCGGUGACUUGGAUGUGAAGAAGCCAAUAGUUGUCCAUCUUCACCAACUCCGACCAGUGCCUACACCGGAGAGCGAUGAUUGGCAUUUGAGGACCGGCGACAAGGUAGAAGCCUUCUGGAAACAGCGGUGGUGGGAGGGAUAUGUCAGCAAGGAUUUAGGGAAUGGAAGGUUUCGUGUGUAUUUUACUGAGUCGAAGGAGAUGGUAUUCUCAAAGAGGAAGUUAAGGGUUCGUCGCCAAUGGAUCAAUGACAAGUGGGUUCCCCCAAUCAUAUACCAACAACUCAAAAACUAUAAGGAACUUUUUAGGGAAUUGAAGAUGCCAAGGUGGGAAACUAGAUUGGAAAAUAGAAGAAAUUGGAUUAGUGAGUUGCCCGACUGCAUACUGCUCCAUAUAAUGAGUUUUCUUGAAGCACGAGACGUUGUUCGAACUUGCAUCUUGUCUAAGCGAUGGAAGGAUCUUUGCAAACGUGUCACUACUCUCAAAUAUAUUCUGCCGUCUGCUCAAACUCUUGAUAGCUUUAAGUCUUGGAUUUUUUCUUGUAGAGAUCACUCUUGUUCCCUAUUUAAUCUUACUAUUAGUACAAGGAUUCAACAAGGUGAAGAAGCCCUAUACCCACUCAUAGAAUAUGCUCUUUUUCACAAUGUUCAGCACUUGAAAAUUAAUAUAAACCCAAGCUUUAGACCCAAAUCUGAUUUACUCCCUUUAAUCUCAGUCUCUCACUCUUUGACAUUUCUCAAGCUUUCAUAUGGUCGGAAUUUCGGGGUUGCAGUGUGUCCAAAAUCUCUACGCUUGCCUGCAUUAAGAACUUUGUAUCUCAAAUAUGUCAACUUUGUUGCAACACACCAUCACUAUGCUGACCCUUUUUCAAACUGUCAUGAGUUAAAUAAUUUGGUACUUAGGGAUUGUUCUUUGAUUCAGGAUGCAAAAGUCCUUUGCAUAUCUAAUAAUGCACUUUCCAGUUUAACUAUAUCUUCUGUUGCAGCUCAGCAAUUUUCACUUUCUACUCCAAAUCUUAAGUCUUUUACUUUCUUGGGUAGUUUUGUUUUUCAUAGGCUCUUAUCCUCAACAUGCAAUCUUUCUUUUCUUCAACAAGUAAAUAUUGAUGGCCUCUCCUACAUCCACAAGGAAGCUUCAACCUUCUUAAGAUGGCUGCAAGUGCUUGCCAACGUAAAGAUUUUGAAAAUUGGUUAUUCUCUCAUUCAAACAAUACAAAAUGACCUCCUUGCAAAUCUUAUUUCAAAGAAAGUGCAACCUCCACACUUUGCUAGAUUGGAGUCAUUGACAGUGGUGAAGUCUAUCCGUCAAUCAGGAAGUGUACCUGAUGAGGAUAUAAUCAAAGUAGUGCAACAAUCGCUUCAAAACACUACUCCAAUGCCUAAAGUUGAUAUCAGAAGAUAUAAUAAAUUUAUGGAAAAUCUUAACUAG